AUGGGCUCAGCUAUGGCGGGCUUCUCUUGGGGUAUGCGGAGAGAGAGGCAGCUGCACUUGGAGCCGCCUGUCCUUGGCUGCUCCUUCCUGGGCACUUCUAUUUCCCCUCUUUCUCUCGAUGAAUUACAAAUUCAGGUGUAUAGGGAGCAGCCAUGGCUGAAGCGGGAGGGGGGGCCCGAGAGGCUUCCCCCGAAGCUGCUGCUGGCUGCUGCAGCACGUGCUGCUAAGACAGACGCACGCCGCGCUCAGGAAGCUCUGAGGAAGGCAGACAAAGCAGCAGCAACGGCAGCAGCAGCAGCUGCUGCUGCUGCUGAUGCUGCUGAUGCUGCCAAUGCUGAGCGGCAACAAAGUGCAGGCCGCACGCAGGAAUUUCAAGACCCCGAAGCAGUAGCGGCAGCGGAAGCAGCAGCAGCAGCAGCGGAAGAAGCAGCAAAAACAGCAGCAGCAAAGAAACGUAUAGCUGAGCGUUGCUACGAACUCGCAACCUCCAAAGGCAUGGCUGCCUCAUAUUACUGGGAAGGAGAAAAAGAAGAAAGUGAAGGUGAAGAUACACCCCAGUUAACAUGCAGACACAAAGGCAGCUGGGGUGUACAUGCACCUCGACAUCUCCAAGAGGCUGGAUCAGAAGGCGGUGAGCUGAAUGAUAUAAAUAAAUAA